UCCGUCGAACCACAUCCGGGAACACAAUCCUGAGGGUCAUGCGCUAGUUUCAACAAGUGCUGCUACCCAAUGACGCACAGAACCGUGAUACUCUGCUUCGACAGCUGAACAUUGACCCUGAGGGAGCUAGUCUUACCCACAGUAGCAGAGCCUUUCAUCCAUUACCAUGGACCUCCCAUCGCCAGAUUGUGUCCUAUCGACUGCCCCUCUGAUUACAUUGCGUUGAGUCAUGGCUCAACCUUCCAUCCUCUCGACUCGAAGUAUUGCUCGCCAGUCGCUUGGGCUUCCGACUGUUUGCGGCCUGCCAUCAGUUCAUUCCACCCAGCUGGGACAGCAGCGGCCGAAGAUUCGCCAGCCACCGCGACACUCGGCAUUCGAUAGCGGUACGCAUUGUCAAGAGAUAUUCCAAGAGGAAAUCAUGUGCCUGAAUGCCAGCGCACCGUAUGAGACUCACCUCAGAGACUGCAGAUGUCUGUCACUGAAGCCCCCAGUACGACACGCGCCUAUCAUACGCGCACCAAGCGAUCAGAACUCUUCCUAGCCAAAGGAUUAUCCUGCAGUGUGCCCCGCGGUUGCUGAGUGACAAGCGGCUGGGACUUGGAAUGCAACGUGGAGACCCGCAAAGUGGCUGUUUGCGGCAUGCAACCCACAUCGCCACACCUGCAGUAUUCCCAGCCUCCUGCAGGUCUAGCCGACCGUUUGACUUGCAGCAGACUAAUGCAAAGUAGCCAAACGGCAAUACUAUCACGGGUUAUCGGUUCAUGUCUACACUCAUUCCACACUCAUUCGCUAAGUAUAGCACGGUGCAUU